GGUUUUGGCAUGGCAGGUUAUUAUUUGUGCACCAAAUCAAAACCGUUGAACCGCUGAAGAUAAAAAAAUGGCGAGUCGGAGCGAGGACCGGUUCGAAAUAGCCUUCUUCGACGUGGAGACGACGGUGCCGACGCGACCCCGGCAGGGCUUCGCUAUCUUGGAAUUCGGGUCGAUUCUCGUUUGCCCUAGGAAGCUGGUGGAGCUCGACAGCUACUCCACCCUGGUCCGACCCGCCGACCUCUCCGCCAUCAACUCCUUGUCCGUGCGCUGCAACGGCAUUACCCGCGACGCCGUUGUCGCCGCCCCUUCUUUUCAAGACAUCGCCGAUAAGGUCUACGACAUUCUCCACGGACGUAUAUGGGCUGGUCACAACAUUCUGAGGUUUGAUUGUGCUCGGAUUCGGGAGGCUUUCACACAAAUUGGUCGGCCUGCUCCAGAACCGAAAGGUACAAUUGAUUCCUUGGCAUUGUUGACACAGCGGUUCGGAAGGAGAGCUGGUAACAUGAAGAUGGCCACUCUUGCAACCUAUUUCGGGCUUGGACAGCAGAAACACAGGAGUUUGGAUGAUGUUCGAAUGAAUCUUGAAGUUCUGAAAUACUGUGCAACCGUUUUAUUCUUGGAGUCGAGUCUCCCAGACAUAUUCACGGAGAACAGUUGGGUUUCUCCAAAUGCUAUCACAAGAAGUCGUAGUGAUGGGAAAUCUUCUGCUGAGGGGGCUCGCAUAAACAUGAAUACUCAGCAUGAGAAUGGUCAGAUGUUAUCUUCUACAAAUCAAAGAACAGGGGAGAAUCAUCCAAUAAUAUCUCUUAGGGAUAACAAUACCGAAGAAGUCUCUAAUCUGGUUGAAUUGAGCACAGCUCGACCAGAUCCCUUUGACAUGGGCCCACUUGGCGAUGUAGUGAUGAAAGAGUUUAAUCAGCCAGACAUCACAUUGAGAGAAAUACCUGUGGAGGAGUCUAUUGAGAGUUCUCCACCUGCUGCAUUGGGGAGCUCCAAUGGCACUGUGGAGUUUUUACAGCCUGAUGAAGUUUCCAUUCCUUCUAUCUGUGCUUCCCUUGUUCCGUUGUAUCGCGGUAGUCAGAGGAUAAAGUUGUUGCACAAAGAUGUAACUUUGCAGAUUUGCUGUAGGCAUAUGAAAUUGCGGUUUGGAAUCAAUGGAAAGUAUUUUGAUCAUGCUGGCCGGCCACGAUUGAAUAUUGUUGGUUACGCAUCACCAAGUUUGUGCAAAGUUCUUGAUGCAUGUGAUGGCAUUGCACAAAAGUUGUCUAUGGAUUCUGGUAGCAGCUCCGAAUGGAGGCGUGCUGUUUUCCGAAACGAGGGUUUCUAUAACUGUCCUACAGUGAGAUUACAUAUACCGACAGCAGUAUGUGGGGAUAUUGCAAUAUACGCCACAGAGAUAUAUCAGAAAGAGCCUUCGGGCACCGAGCAGAGGCUCGUCUUCACCAAGUUUGAUUCUUCGGAACUUAGCACCCUUUUCAAACCGGGGACUUUUAUGGAUGCGUUCUUCUCCUUGGAUCCGUACGACUAUCAGCAGAGAGCAGGCAUUAGGUUGGUGGCAAAGAAAUUGAUUCUUCAUUCCAAUUGACAAUUGAAUUUGGAUCUCUGAUUUAUUUGAUGUGGGGAAGUUGAUCUGUAAAUCUGGCCAAGUAGAUUGACAUAUUCAGAAGAUUAGUUUUUCAAUUUCAUAAAUAAAAGUGGAAAUUAGGGGAUGCUGAUGGUUGUGACAUGUAAUUCAAGCAUGUGUUAAUGUUAAUUCUUUGUUAUUAAAAAUUUAUGCUACCAUAUAUGUUCUUUGACUAUGCAAUCUGAUCAAUUUAUCUUAUUAGUAUGAAGUUAUUAUUACGGAAAA